AUGAAUAUAAACAUGACAGCAGGCGAAAAUGGGUCAGGAAAAGUAAAUUCAUCAAUAUCACAACUAAAGGAAAAAGUGAUGUCUUACGAAGAGAAAUCCGUCGGAUCGACACCUUUUUUUAAAUGUGAAGCCUGUCCCUACAUGGCUCUUGCAGAGGAUGAUAUUAAAUUUCAUUUAUUCACUGCCCAUCCUGAUUUAGCAAAAAAAAAUGGUCUAGCAGACAACAUACAGAUUACAUGUCCGGGUUGCACGAGUGUAUUCGAAGCGGAAGAAACCCUCAGAACCCACCUUCGCAACCAUCAUAAAAUGGGUAUCAAGGAUGUUAAAAAAAUGGUCAAAAGUUUGGUUCAAAUUGCUCUCAAGAAUGCCAAACUCAAAAAAGAAGUAGUUUCAAAUAACCCACCAAUACAAUUACAGUCCAGCAUAUCUGAAAUGAAAAUACCUCAAGUCAUAGAAAUUAUACCCGACAGAGUAAAUGUUAAUAAUGACCAACUUCCAAAGGGUGUUUCAUUUAUAUCUGUGGAAGAAUUAAACAAGAUGAGUACCCCGAACUUCGAAAAAGUUGACCCCAAAGAGGUCAUCCAAGAAGCCAGCAUCAAUAUUGUGUACACAAACGAUGUAUCUACCCAAUAUGUUAAUGUUUCAAAUCACGGAGUAUCGAGUUCCACUUGUAAUUUAAUUCCAGUAACAAGUGUGACACCAGACUUAAUAUCUUCGGUACAGCCUCGUAUACCCGUCACCGAUAUAAACCAAUCUCCACACAAAGAAGCCGACUCAAAUAUAUCGUCAACUAUAACAGAAAGUACUAGAAAAACAACAUACACAAACCCAGAGGAAAAAGGCACUUUGUGCUCGAUAUCAAACUGUGUUGUUCGGCUAAAAGAUCCCAACAACCUGGCUUACCAUAGGAAAUGCCAUCAAAACGGUAAACUGCAGUGUCCCGAGUGCACUAAGAAGUAUUCCUGGGUUCAUCAAUUACACAUGCAUCUAUGGAAAAUACAUGCGAUAGAUCUAGAACUACCUACAUGUACUAUAUGCGGAUAUAAAAAUUACAAGCGUCAUAUACUGAUCAAUGUACAUACAAAAUGCCAUGGAAAGAAUAGGUCUUAUACAUGUUCUAUAUGUCAGAAGAAAUUUAAAACCUCCAACCAGUUAUCCAAACACCGUAUGAUUCACAAGUGUAAUGUGAUCCAUCAGUGCCAGAUCUGUCAGCGAGAGUUCAACUUGGAACGGCAUUUGAGAGAACACAUGGCCGCUGUUCAUGAUAAAUUAAGGCCUUUCAAAUGUGGUCAUUGUAGUUACAUGGCCGCUAGGAAAUGUGAACUUAAACUACAUCUCAGAUUACACACAGGUGAUAAACCAUACGCGUGUGAUCAAUGCGACUAUUGUACUCGCGACCACAACUCGCUGAGACGACACAAGUUGAAGCAUUCCAACGAGGGUGUAUACAAAUGUAAAUACUGUCCGUACAGCGCCAUACAGUCAACUGCGUUCGCUUCCCACAUGAUAUCUAAGCACCCCAACAUGAAUUUAGGAGAUGUCCACUGUUGUCCCUUCUGCAGCUUUAAAUCCGUAAGCAGGAAUAACUAUGUAGUACAUCUGACGACCCAUAGAGACAAAGAAGGCAUCAAACUCCUCAUAGACAUUGCUAAAAGCGUGAAGAACAAAAAACGUAGUUGGACCAUACCCAGCGAGAAUACAGAAAAAACCAAUGCAAAUAAAGAAGCAGAUGAGAAGAAAGAAGAUAAAAACUCAUCAGACAAUAUGCCGAUAGAAGUUUAUGAUUGUGAUAGCUUACCGGAAACAGUGCCUCAGGAGUAUCCCAAAAACUACUGCACUACUACGUCCAAUGAUACUCAGCAGUCGAAUUUCAACAGCGAAGUAGUCACAGACUUGAGUAAAGAGGACAAUAACUCAGAUUACCUCAUGCCCGAAGGUUACACCAUACAAGACAGACAUCAGUACAGCUCGCAGCAUCCCUUGCAAAUGUCAUACGAAACUCCCCAAAAUAAUCUACAUUUCUUAAAUCCAUCAGUUAGCCACGAUCAAGGAUUAUUAGCGAACAGCAUAGUCACUUCCAGCCAUUCCCCUAUAAUCAACAGUAUAAGCAAUAAUAUCAUGAACAAUUUCCCUAUAAGAUUGCCUCCAGCACCGAUUUCAGUGCGCAACAACAUUACUUUAAAACCUGUUGAUAAAAUUCCCUUUCCCGUCUCUAAAGCCACCGGACCUAUAAUAAAACCGAUGCAGAUUCUUCCCGUUCCAUCCUCAAGUAAUUCGCCUUUCGAUAUACCAAACGAAAUAGACGGAAUGCCGAGGAAGAAACCUAAAAUAUCCGUCAAAAGCAAUUUAAUAUUGAAGGGACCGGAUCAAGUGAACAUGUUCCAUUCGCAACAGAAAAUGGCCUUCAAGCGACUUGAAGAUAACGAGAGGUUCGGUUUAAGCGGGCCGGUCACAUUCAACAACUUAAUAACCACGCAGUUUAUGCAACUGCAACCGGAACCGACUUUGAGCGAGUCUCCCAACACAAUCAUGACAUACCCUCAAGACAGCAUGAUGGUGGAAUCAGCAACUACUCCGGUUGACAACGAAAUUAACGACAACCCUCAAAUUUUUUCAUUCAAUCAACAAAUGAACGCAAAUACCCUUUCCAUGAUCCCGCCGCCGCAGAAAGUACAAAACAAUGAUCCCAGCUACAUCAAAAUAGAAGCGACCAUCAAACAGAACACACAGUCGCCAAGCUUGGAAAGAAUGUGCAACGCGAACUUAUUAAACAAUCCGGCAAUAACCAGGGAAUAUAAGGCAUCCCCGCCAUUAGAAGAUAUACACAAAAACAUGAGCGAGAUAAAGAACGAAGUGAAAUCUGACGCGUUUUAUAACAUGGCGAUCACUAACACGGCGACCAACCCACCGAUCAUAGAACAAUAUAUGAUAGACAACAUUAUACCUGAACAGUAUCCAGCACAUCUUGACCUCUCCACUGUAGUGCUAUCAGAAGUGUCCAACCAGCAGAACGACGUCAUCGAAAUAGACGAUAAUUCAGACGACAACAAACUAUUGAAUCGCUUCGAUAUGAACUUCUCCCUAGAAUCGCUUUAUUUGAUGCAAAACGAUUUCCAUUUCCUAGAAAACGACCUUCCAUCGAACAUGUCCGAAGUACCGGUUAACGAAAUGAACAGAAUGGUGACUGAAGUACCGAUUAUAAACCAGAAAGAUAACUUGGAGGUCGUCCAAGUAGAAGCUGCGAAUGAUAGCGCUAAUUUCAUUCAAGGCAAAAAGGAUCCCAUGAUGAACACAUCCGUCAGACCCUCGACGAAUAAAAUUAACGUUAAAAAUAUAGAGCUCAUGAAAAAUUAA